GCACCAAGUGUCCAGACGUCCAGGCCCUACGCUGUUUUCGAUGUUGCGGAUGGUGCCGAGGAGCGUCGCGUCGUCGGCCUGACGUGGCCACGUCAACUCGUUCGCGGGCGACCAAUUCUGAAAAUUGGCUGUCCUGCGAAGAGCUCCUGCUCUUGCCGGGUCCUGACCAGCACACGUCACCCCCUGCCGCGUCCUGCCAUAGCUCGGUGAGCCUGUCGCUCAGUAAACAUCCCCGAAUGAUCAUUUCCCGCAUCGGGCCUCUCCUCUCUGGUGCCUCAGCUAAAGCCAUGGAACGUUCUCAGCAGCUGGACUGCCUAUAAAACCUCGUCGACACGCUUGACAUCGACCAACAUCUCACAUCUCCUCAUAUCCAGCAAAGCUCUCUUACUGUCAUACGCACAAUGUCUGCUUGGGCUCCCCCUCCUCUGCCUGCCACCAAGCUCGGCAUCCAUAGGCAGCUUUCUUCUCGUGCAGGUGUACAUGUUUCCCCCAUUCUGCUCGGUGCCAUGAGCAUCGGCGACAAGUGGCACGAGUUCGGCAUGGGGAGCAUGAACAAAGAGGCCAGUUUCAAGCUGCUCGACGCGUACUACGCCGCCGGUGGCAACUUCAUUGACACUGCCAAUGCUUACCAAGAUGAGUCUUCCGAGGAAUUCCUCGGCGAGUGGAUGGAGCAGCGCGGCAUCCGCGACCAGAUCGUGCUCGCCACCAAGUACACGAACGAUUUCCGCCGCGGCAAAGGCGGCCAGCACAGCACUAUUGUCGGCAACAGUGUCAAGUCUAUGCAUCUCUCUCUCGCUGCGUCCCUCAAGAAGCUCCGCACCGACUACAUCGACAUCUUCUAUCUCCAUUGGUGGGACUAUGCCACGUCCGUGGAAGAGGUGAUGGACGGCCUACACACGCUCAUCCAACAGGGCAAGGUCCUGUACCUCGGUGUCUCUGACUCGCCAGCAUGGUUCGUUGCGCAGGCGAACACGUACGCGCGGUGCAUGGGCAAGACACCGUUUGCGAUCUACGAGGGCAAGUGGAGCAUCAUGGACCGCGACAUCGAGCGGGAUAUCGUGCCUAUGUGCGUUGCCCACGGCAUGGCCAUCGCGACGUGGAACGUCCUCGCCGGCGGCAAGAUCCGCACCGACGCCGAGGAACAACGCCGCCUCGAGUCCGGCGAGGAGGGUCGCCAGCUCUUCGUAGAUUGGAAGCGCACGCCCGAGGAGCGCAAGGUCUGCCUCGAGCUCGAGAAAGUUGCGAAUGAAGUCGGAGCGAAGACCAUCACGUCGGUUGCGAUUGCCUGGGUCAUGCAGAAAGCGCCAUUCGUGUUCCCCAUUGUUGGCGGGCGGAAGGUCGAACACCUGCACGACAACAUCCAGGCGCUAUCGAUUCACCUGAGCGACGAGCAGAUUGCACGCCUUGACAACGUCGUGCCAUUCGAGAAGGGAUUCCCCUACAGCGAAUUUGGCGACGGCGGAGACUACGGUUUCCUGUUCAAGUCCGCCGGUCACUUCCAGAAGUGGCCGAAGGCUGGCCCUAUCAAGCCUGAACCCUCGACGCAGUAAGCGUGAGGUUUUGUGCCUGGUUGAAAUGAGGUACUCCCGGGGGAUAAAAUAAAUGGUCUCGAUUACUUCUAGCGUCGUGACGGUAGCGGUACAAUGCACUACGUAUUCGGAGCUUAUCUUACCUUUUUGCGGCAAAUCAAGAGAAGAUGUCGGACAAGCGCUGUCAACGUUUGGGAAGCAGAGCCAGGGUCACAAUUAAAAUCACUUCUCCG